AUGUCUUCACCACAACAACGUCUAAGCUCCGUCGCCAACCAGCUGGCAGCUCCUGGCUCGGCCCGCCAAAAGCUUCUGGCCAAGAACCCAGAUGAUGUGGUUAUCACUUACCUGGCCCGCACGCCGCUCACCAAGGCCCGUAAGGGUGGAUUGAAGGAUACUAGCGUGGAUGACCUCCUCGUGUCACUUCUCACGACUGUUCGCGAGAAGUCCAACCUGGACCCCAACCUUGUUGAAGAUGUCUGUGUUGGCAACGUCCUUGCCCCCGGCUCCGCAUAUAUCGCGCGUUCCGCCGUGUUGGCAGCAGGCUUCCCCGUAACAGCCGCCGCCUCCAUUGCCAACCGAUUCUGCUCUUCCGGUCUCCUGGCCGUGCAAAACAUCGCCAACCAAAUCAUCGCUGGAUCCAUCGAUGUCGGAAUUGCUGUUGGAGCCGAGAGCAUGACCAAGAACGCAGACGGCGGUGCCCCCGAAAUGUCCGAGCAGAUCACCAAGCACCCAAUUGCAUCCCAGAACCUCCAGCCUAUGGGCCAGACCUCGGAGAAUGUAGCUAACCAGUUCAACAUCUCUCGUGAGCAGCACGAUCAGUUCGCUGCCAAGAGUUUCCAGAAGGCUGAGCGUGCCCAGAAGGCCGGCUGGUUGAAUGACGAGAUCGUCCCUGUCAAGACUCAAAUUAAGGACCCCAAGACCGGCGAGGUUAAGGAUAUCGUCGUUGACCGUGACGACGGCAUCCGCUACGGCACUACCGCCGAGUCUCUAGGCAAGAUCCGCGCUGCUUUCCCCCAGUGGGCCCCUAGUGCUACCACCGGCGGUAACGCCAGUCAGAUUACCGAUGGUGCUGCUGCCCUAGUUCUCAUGAAGCGCUCGCGUGCUCAGCAGCUCGGUCAGCCAAUUGUUGCCAAGUUCUGUGGUGCUACCGUUGCUGGUCUAGAGCCCAGAAUCAUGGGCAUUGGCCCAUCUGUUGCAGUCCCCAAGAUUCUGAACAAAUUCAACUUGAGCAAGGAUGACGUUGAUAUCUUCGAGAUUAACGAGGCUUUUUCCUCAAUGGGUGUUUACUGUGUCAACAAGCUGGCCUUGGAUGAAUCCAAGGUGAACCCACGUGGUGGUUCUAUUGCUUUCGGCCACCCUCUGGGCGCCACUGGCGCACGCCAGAUUGUCACUGCCAUGUCUGAGCUGCGUCGACAGGAUAAGCGAAUUGCCGUCACCUCGAUGUGUAUUGGCACUGGCAUGGGUAUGGCCGGCAUCUUUGUUUCUGAGCAUUAA